GGCAUGUAAGGUUUGAAGUUUAACCGCUUAGAUUACUUUUGUGCGCUACUUCUGAUCACAUGCAAUGGAUAUUCAGGACGCAUUUGAAGACUUCAUGAUUUCAUCUUCCAGUUAUCCGACCGAAGUUAUUGACUUGACUAAUAGUGACACAGACACAAAACCCAUAUCACCAGCUGCUGUUCGACACCUUUCCAGAGAAAAGAAUAAAAGCACUUCAAAGGCACUUGCUGAAGCCGACGGCUGUUCCAAAGAUAUGGGGGAGAAGAGUGUUUGUGAAGACGAAGAUUUUGAUAUCGAAGAUGAAAGCAUCAUAGAACGCUUAAUUGGUCUCUUAGAAAUGUUUCCAGAGCCAGUACGUCGCGGUGUUUCUUUCGCCUACAGUGCAGCUUCAGAAGGCGUUGUAUCGGGUUAUUCUCUCAGCAGAUCGGUGACUUGGUUUUUGGUGAGCACAGCUACUGUAUGUUUCCUCCCACUUAUUCUGGAGCUAGAACGAGUUCAAACUGAAGAGCAAGAGGCAGUACAACAGCGUGCAAUGAUGCUUGGCCCUAGGGCUGCAGGUGGUGGUUCUGGCUUGGCCGGAUUCUCAGCAGCAGUUCCUCAUCUUACUCAUAUAGAACCCAAGUAGAAAACGUAUUCUUUGUAUGCAUUUGUACUUUCACCUGUAAUUAUAAGCUAAUACAAAUACUGUUACGCUCAUAACAGCAACCCAUAUUUAGUUCACUAAGUCUUCACCGUUAAUUUGUACGUGAGGUUGGAAAAAAAUUAUGGGCGAC